UUGAUUAAUAACCUAAACUUUGCCUGAGUUGUCAAAAAAAAAAAAAAAUAAAAACUGAAUCCAGUGAAUUAAUUGUUAUUGUAAUUCAUAACAAAAAAUAAUGGUUGUGCUGGAAAAAACUCCAGAAAUGGAGAAAGAAAGUCCUGACGAUGAACAAGUUGCACAGCCAAAAGAAACUAAAAUUUAUUCUUUGGAAAUAUUGAAAAUAAUAAAAGAAGCUCAACAACAACAUGGACUUCGUCAUGGUGAUUAUCAAAGAUAUCGUGGUUACUGUUCACGUCGUCUUCGUCGUCUUCGUAAAGUUUUAAAAGUACCACAAGGUGAUCGAAGACAUUUUAAACGUCGUGAUAUUCUAGCAGCAAUGGUUAAAGAUGAUAAAUUUCUUCAAGUACCAUUGACUAUGGCUGAACGUGCAUGGAGUUAUGCAAUGCAAUUACGUACUGAAUGUAACACUGAGCCAAGAAAAAAAUUUCAUCUUAUAUCAAGACUAAGAAAAGCAUCAGCUUAUGCACUUCAACUUCAAGAAUUAAUUGAGAAUGUCAAUUGUGAUGCAAGAACAAAAUUAGAGGCACAAGCAUAUGUUGCAUGGAUGCAAGGUUCGUUACAAUUUGAAUUACAAUUAUGGAAAGAUGCAAUGACAAAUUUAAAAAAAGUUGAAGUUGUUUAUGGUGAGCUUGCAUCAGCAUUAUCAGACACUGAACAAACAAUAUACAAAUCACGUGUUGAAGAAUUAGCACCAAAUCUACGUUAUUGUGCAUAUAAUAUUGGUGAUACAACAGCAAUUGAUGAUUUAAUGCAAAUGCGUGGACAAUUGAGUAAUGAGUUGUUAGCAAGUCUUGAUUCACUCAUUGCACAAACACGUGAAAAACAAUCAAGUAGCAGUGAAAUAACAUGGCGUGGUAAAUCAUGUGGUGUUGUACCAACAAGAGCAAAAGGUUUGCUAAUUGCUGAUGAACAAUUAAAUCAAACAUUAACAAAAACAACAAGUUUACAAGGUAAAAUUGAUUUACUUGAAGCACAUUUGAUUGAUUGUAAAGAUGCAACAGCUGCUGUUAGAGAUACAUUUAAAGCUGAAUUAAAAAUACGUGAUGAUAAAUCAUCUGUUCAUCAUUUAAUAUCUUAUUUACAAUAUAUAAGAUUAUCACGUACAAUGGAAAGGAAUUUGGCACUUGUUAAAAUUGCUGAAGAUACUAAAAAAUCAAAACCACAAGAUAUUGUACGUUUGUAUGAAGCUGUACUUCAUAAUUUAGUUGAAAUAUCACAGUUAUUAGAUGAUGAGACAUUUUUAAAAGAACAAGAAGCUAAAACAAAAGGUUAUCGAGCAUUUAGAUGUUUUUAUAUGGCACAAUCACUUGCUAAUCUUCAACGUUCACGUGAAGCUAUGGCACUUUAUCAACGUUCACUUGAUCAUAGACGUGAUGCACUCAGUGAUUUAGCAAUAUUACCAAUUGAACUUAAAGAAUCAUUGAUUAAAUUGGAAAGUUUAAUUGAAGCUGCUAAAUGUGCUGUUCAUGCACAAAGUGUACUUGAAGAGGGACAAGAUGAUAUUGGUACUGUUAAACAAGUUAAAAGUAAAAAACCACUUGUUGAAAGAUUACAUGAAUAUCGUGAAGAUCCUUCAUUGUUAACUAAAACACCAAAUGUUUGUAAUAUACCACCACCAAUGCAGAGUAUUCCAUGUAAGCCAUUGUUCUUUGAUUUAGCAUUCAAUAUGAUUGAAUUUCCUGAUUUAUCUGAUAAAACUGGAGAUAAAAAAGAAGAACAAGCUGGUAUUACUGGAUUUGUCAAGGGACUCUGGGGAUGGGGUAAUAAAUAAAUUAAUCCAUCAAUGCUAUUAUCAAUAUUCAACAUUUUUUUAAUUCAUUAAAAUACAUUUUUAAUUGUAUUACAAUAUGGUAAUUAAUAAAAAGGAAAACAAUUUAUUAUAUCAACAGAUAAA